CGUUCCCUGUAUUUCUCCCGAUGAGCUCUUGUUUACCCUCUUCACUCCUUUCUUAUCUUCCUCCAAGCACUCAUUUCCACCCAAACCCAUCACAUUCCUCUCUGAAGCAAAUGGCCGCCACCACCAACUCCCUCCAAUCCCUCCACCACCACCACUCCCUCCUCAAGUGCCACGUCACAGACACUCCUCCUCCCUCCACCCUCUCCUCCUCUCUCUUUCUCAAUCCCACCACCACCACUUCUCUCUCCCACUCCAUUUCCUCCUCCGCCACAUUCUCUACAUCCCCCGCCACUUCCUCCUCCACGCCCUCCACCUCUCAAGCCAUCUCCUUCGACGUCCUCCAAGACCACCUCGCCAACAAAAAGUUCCGCCAGGCCGACGAGGAAACCCGCCGCCUCCUCAUCGUCCUCGCCGGCGAAUCCGCCCAAAAGCGCGGCUACGUCUUCUUCUCCGAGGUCCAGUUCAUCCCGGAAGCCGACCUCAGAACCAUCGACGACCUCUGGAAACAGCACAGCAACAACAAAUUCGGCUACAGCGUCCAGAAGAGAAUCUUCGAGAAAGCAGAGAGAGAUUUCUCCAAGUUCUUCCUCAAGGUUGGGUGGAUGAAGAAGCUCGACACUGAGAUCGAGCAAUACAACUACAGAGCUUUUCCUACAGAGUUCGUCUGGGAGCUCGCCGAUGAUACCCCGGAGGGUCAUUUACCGUUGACAAAUGCUUUGAGAGGGACCCAGUUGCUCAAUAGCAUUUUCAAUCAUCCAGCCUUUGCAGCCAUGCAAGGAGAAGAUAAGGAAGAUGAUAAACUUGUUGAAGAAAUCAACAGCAUCGAUAAUGGCGGACUGAAUGGGUCGAAGCCCUUGAGCAAGACACUUACCAGACCAGACUACAGCUUUUGAGAGUAUGAAAAUUACUCAAUUUCCAUGCCCAUUAUUAUAUACACAGCAAAAUAUCAAUUGGGUUUGGGUUUUUAUAUGUAAUAUAUGCAUUGCAAGUGGUUGAUUGAUCACUAUUUUUUUUCUCCAGUCUCUCUGUUUUGUUCUCCUUCCCUUCAUUUUCAUCUUUUUCUUUUUCUUUCUUUACUUAUAUUUGCUUGUCUUAUAUUACAAAGAACAAUGUACCAUUGGGUCUUUUUUAUUUUUCAUAUAAAAUAAAAAUAUAACUUAUGG